CUUUCACCCCUCCUUUUCACCUUUUGACUUGGUUUUCAUCUAAUUUUUGCUCCUUCUUCUUCAAGUUUCAUGGGUGAAUUAGCAACGUAAUCGUUUACAUAACAAAGAUGAAUUAUUCCGGUGAAAUGAAAAUGAUUGUCAUUUCUGUGAUAUUUUCAGUAGGUUAAAAACAUAAAAUUAUCUUCUAGUAUACAUUGAUUUCCGAUGACAAUCAAAGACUCAAUAAUAUCUCCACCAAAUUCCUAUGGAUCUGUUGUUCUAGGAGGUACCUUUGAUCGCUUACACCACGGUCAUCGCCUUCUUCUCAAGGCGGCUGCAGAAUUAGCUAGGGAUCGCGUUGUGGUUGGUGUUCUUGAUGGAUCUAUGUUGUCUAAAAAACAGUUUGCUCAUCUUAUUAUGCCUAUUGAACAGAGAAUAAAAACUGUUGAAGAUUUUAUGAAGUCUAUCAAGCCUGAUCUGACAGUAGAAGCUGUACAUAUCACAGAUCCUUAUGGCCCUUCAAUUGUCGAUAAGAAUCUUGAUGCCAUUGUUGUCAGCCAGGAGACUCUACCGGGUGGAUUAUUGGUAAACGAGAAGAGAGCCGAGAGAGGCCUCUCGCAGCUAAAGGUUGAAGUUGUAAAUCUCGUUUCUGAAGAAUCUAGUGGAGAAAAACUGAGUUCCUCCACGUUGAGGAAACGCGAGGCUCACAUUAAUGGAAAACUUUAGUUGGUUAAACAGUUAUGUAUGCAUUUGUAACAUAUAGAAACAUGGUUAUACUUGUAUGCUUCUUGUAGUUACUUGCAUAAAAAUUGAUGAAUCAAUCAUAUAGUUUCAAUAUCAACAA